GGCAGCCGGACCCGCAAAGAAAGGGGCAGAGCGGCCGGAGGACGAGCGAGCGGCCCCGGGGCGGUGGGGACCGGACCCGAGGCCCCGGUCGAUGUGACGGGCCGCGGCUGUGGCGGCGGCGGCGGCGGCCUGGGGCUGUGGAGGGCGGGAGGAGAAUUCAAAAUGACGAACGAAGAGCCCCUCCCGAAAAAAGUCCGCCUUAGUGAAACAGACUUCAAAGUUAUGGCUAGAGAUGAACUGAUCCUAAGGUGGAAGCAGUAUGAAGCCUAUGUCCAAGCUUUGGAGGGCAAAUACACCGAUCUUAACUCUAAUGAUGUAACUGGAUUGAGAGAAUCUGAAGAAAAGCUAAAGCAGCAACAGCAAGAGUCUGCCCGAAGGGAGAAUAUCCUUGUGAUGAGACUGGCAACUAAAGAGCAAGAGAUGCAGGAGUGUACUACUCAAAUUCAGUACCUCAAGCAAGUCCAGCAGCCUAGCGUGGCCCAACUGAGAUCGACCAUGGUGGACCCAGCCAUCAACUUGUUUUUCCUCAAAAUGAAAGGGGAACUGGAACAGACUAAAGACAAACUGGAACAAGCCCAAAAUGAACUGAGUGCCUGGAAGUUUACGCCUGAUAGAGGCCUGACGGCGUCGGACUAUUCCGAAGAAAUGACUUCCUCCGAGGAAAAAAAAAAAAAAAAAAAAAAAACCAAAAAAAUUCCCUUUCUAGAACGUUUAGACCCUUGACGUGGUUCUGUUGGAAGAGAAGAGAGGGAGAAACAGACGUCUGUGGUACACUGUGUCUACAGACAGUUUGGAGGAAAGACAAACCUAGAGAUUAAGAUCGCGAAUUGAACAUGUCAAAUUCCCGUAGGAUGUAAAAAUGGAAAAUGCCGUGCCCUUAACCUUGAGCCUAGUGACUUAGAGACACUGUCAGUGAUGAGACUGCGGACUUCCUGCUCGUUCACUGAACUUCUCGGUCCACACUCAGAUGAGGUGCCUCUUGCUUUACAGGGUUCCUUGGCUAAGGACCAGCCUUCGGUAGCCGUGACAGAAAACCAAGUGACGUACACGGAUGGCAGUGAAUACACACUUAAGCGUUUAGUAUUGGGCCGAACUCUAGUGCCGACCCGAGCCUUAAGUCGACGUGGUUUAAGCGAUGGUCGGUUCUUGGAACGGUUGGCUGUGACGUUGGCCGCUCUGAUCCAAGACUGUACAGAAAUGCAGGUGCGGCGUCCGCCCGCAGGUUUAAAAUCGUGUGACGCACCGCAUUUCACGGCUAUUCCGUACAAGAAAACUUAGGUGUGAUAAGCCUCACUCCACCAUUUUGGGCAGUAGAGGGAAUUUCUCGUAUCUCCGGCCCGCACGGCAGGCACACGCUCAGAUGGCGAUUGUCUUCGGUGUUAUGCGAGCUCCUUUUCCUCGAUUGUAAUGCGGGCUUUCUGUGUACUGCACUCACCCUGAAAUGUGCCCUGAAAUAGUUGUAACAGAUCAGCUCUUCUCC